CGUUUCGACGCACUCCUGUUUUGAACGUCAGUCGAUACGCGCGUACAAUACAAAUUCAUUUUUUUUUCGUGACAUUCAGCCGUGAUGGAGAAGGAGCACCAGCCGGAUUCAAUGGCGACGAUCACCAUGAAGCCGGAAUACCCGCCCUCAGAAGUGUACAGGCGUAUCGUCAAAGAGUGUCAUCAUCUGUACAAAUAGCGCGGAUCGCUGCGGUGACGAUCAUCGUGUCGUCCUUUAUCCUUGGCUCGUUUAUCUUGGCGUCAAGCUGGGUGGCUGCUCGCGCCUCCUGCCACCAGCUAGAGCAGCUGGAUGCUAUGCUGGAUAAGGAACUGGCGCUGGAAGGCAGGAGCUAUGGAAACGAUGGCCUCAUUGCGGAUGAACCGUUGCCGAUCGCAAACGCGCACGCGCUGCAUGCGGACCCGCCACAGCCUUCAAGUGUGCACUCGAGCUCGCAGCCUGCGUCUGCCCCACACUCCGACAGCCAUGUCAAGGAAGACCCCUUGAACCAUGCCGAGUCUAAGAUCGACGAAGACAAAUUACAGAAAAUCGACGAUGACAACGUGAAACACGACGCAGUGAACUCCGGCAGCGAUGAGAGUUCCGAAUCUGAUGGUUCCGACGAAGAGGACGAGCUGGACGCUAUCAGGCCCAUACAGUUUGACCUUAGCGAGCUUGUGAGAGCCUCUCUCCCCAACAACCUGAAAGGCCGUAUGAACUGCGUAGUGGAGAGGCGUCACGAGGAGCCCCUGGAGAGGCGGUUUCCCUUCAACAUCCUGGGCGCGUUCGCUCCCCGCAAUACGCACUCGGAACGUGUCGCUAUCAUCUGCCACGGAGGGGAUGAACCGAGUCAAAUGGGCGUGUUCCCGGAGCCGCAAUCGCAAGUGUUCGCGUUCCCGCUCGCCGGGCCCGUGAGGCUCCCGAUCAGGCCGCAGCCCCAGCCGCAACCGCAGUCUCAACCGCAGCCGCAGCCGCUGCCCGAGCGCGUGGCCAUGCCUGCGCCGGAGCCCCGCAUGUCGCCCUUCCCGCCCAUGGGACGCCGCCCCGCGCCCUACCCACUACCGCAGAUGCCGUGGGAGAACUCUGAGGAGCAGAUGAACAUCCCUCGUGAGAUGCGCAUUCACGUGCAGCGCGUGUUCGCCAUCCCCCACAACAUGCCACCGCCACCACAAGACACCAUGGGUCCCUUCGCGCCCCCGCCGCCGCCGCAGCCUCGUGAACAGAACGAGCAGCCCGCUGUUCUCCACCAAUUCGUACCUCAGCCCGCACCUACACAGGAAUUGGAGCAGCCUGAACAGAAGAUGCCGAUGGAGGGAGCGGGAGGUCCGGUGCAGAUGAGCCUGCCGUGGGAGCUGACGCCGGAAGACCUUCACAUCAUCCACCGCACCGCGCAGGACGCUGCCGCACAGCGCCGCGAUCAGCAGAUGGACAGCGAUAUGCAGGAGUGGAUAUUUUAUUGUAAAUAAAUCUUUAACCGUAAAACCGGUGGUUUUUGAUUAAAUGGGAAUAAGCACAGUACCGGUUCUUCUUACUAUAUUCCUUUUUAAUAAACGACGUCUUUACUUGAGAUAUUUUAUACAUAACGUGUUACUUUUAAAUUUAUAUUAAAAUGCAAUAAAUAGAUUUAAUUACGCAUAUGAUACCAGUAAAGUGUUUGAUUUAUUCUAAAGUAAACGAGAAUUGUUAAGAAAAGGGUUUUGAAUUUGGAUUGCUUUAUUACUGAGCAUCUGAGGCCUCCUGAAUUGUCUAAAUUUAUUGUUAGCAAUUACGCCUUCAAGUAGUUAACAUCGAUUAGGUUGAAAUAAGAAAACAUAACCUUGUGAUCCUAAAUUAAAAGAAUUAGUUUUAAUA